AUGGUAGGCGCACAUCAUGCGCGUUUUCAGUUGCGCCUGCUUGCAUGGGAGAUUCUAUUUAGCGACGACCAAAAACAUUUCUCACAUCACCUUGUCGGCUCCGCUUCCCGCUUAGUUUUUGAUUUUUCAUUGUCUUCACACCACCUUAAUCACCUUUUAUUCAAUGUCCGGACACAGUGUCCACGCGGAGGCUACUUCUUUGCGCCUCUGACCAUUCAAUCAACGAAAUACUGUCCAUUUAUUGGACACUGUCACAUUGCAUUCGACUUUCCGUGCGUCUCUCUUGAUGCUGUCUUCUUUUUCUUCCUCUUUUCGUUGUCUUCUUUUUAUUGUCCUUUUUCUAAUCUAUUGUCGUUCUUUUCUUCAUAUUUCUUUUUCGUUUUCUCUUCGUUCCUUUUUUUUUCUUUUCUUUUUAAGGACCGUCUUUUUGCUCCAUCUUUUCUUUUUCUUCUUUUUCUUACUUUAGUUCGUUUUUUUUCCCUCUUUCUUUUUUCUCCAAUUUAUUCAAAAUAUUUUUUUCGUGAUUUUUUUUCUUUCUCUUUCUUUUACUUGUAUUUCUUUUUUUUCUUCAACAUUUCUUUCUUCUUUAAACUAUUUUGCUUUUUAUAUUUUCUUUUUCUUUCCAUCAGUUUUUUUUGGAGUAGUCCUCCUUUUCUUCAUUUUUCUUUUUAUUGCCGUUCUUUCCCUCUUCAUUUCUUUCUUUUUUUUUCUUUUUUUCUUUUUUCGUUUCUUUAUCAUUAUAUAUAA